GUUCGCACGCACUGCUCCUUAUACCGCACAAGUCUACCAUCACCGCACAAAUCCCCAUCCCUUGGCCGCUACAAUCUAGCCUCUCCUACCCACUACCUAUAUACAACUGGUGUGGUUUGACCGCAGCAGUGACCCCACGGCUUGCCCUAGGCAGAGGAUCCAUAGGUGAAGCUAAGGCUUGAAGAGAAGGGAAGAAGCAUACUCGACAUGUCUGGUCGAUCGAAGCCAUAACCCCGCGACUAUAUCCCUGCCUCUUGAUCUCGAUUCAAAACAUGUCGACCCCCGACAUCUCACAACUGACCGCGGCUCAACAAGAAGCUCUACAAACCUACACCUCCGUCACCGAUCAAGACCCCAUUGCCGCAAUCCCGCUCCUACAGCGAUGCGAAUGGAACGUUCAGAUCGCUGUGGCCCGCUUCUUUGACGGAGAACCCGCAAGCGAUCCUCUCACCGAAGCACAGUCACAACUGCCCACUGCCUCCGCUCGUCAAACCACAAACUUGCAGUAUGAGUCUCUUCUGGCCGCAACUCAGUCGUCUCCCAGGACAACCCGGGUGAGUCCCGAGGAUGUAGUCACACGAGUUGACACGAGUGGGACAGUCAAUGAACCAGUCUACCGUCCUUCGACAUUGUUCUCCAUAAUAUUCACUCCGGUGAACAUCCUGUACCGAGUAUUCACAACCGUGUUGUCACCAUUUGGGUUCCUUGUUCCCACAUUUCUCUCGCGCCUCUUUCAUCGCCUACUCUACCAGUCUCAGGCGCAGUCACGCACUCAGAGGCGAGCUCUACCGCCAGCCGAGAAUGCAAGGAGAUUUAUACGAGAAUUCAGUGAAGAGUAUGGGACCGAGGGUCACGAUGGAGAAUCAUCUGCACCUCUCUUGCCUUUUACGGAGUCCGGGUUCAACUUGACCCUCGACACCGCCAAAAAGGACCUCAAAUUCAUGCUUGUGGUCCUACUCUCCCCUAGUCACGACGACAAUAAUACCUGGAUCCGAGAGACCUUACUCUCCCCGCAAUUCAAAUCAUUCCUCGACUCGCAUCGUUCUGACCUGAUACUUUGGGGCGGUGAUGUGCGAGAUUCAGAAGCCUACCAGGUGUCUGCCAGUCUACAGUGUACCAAAUUCCCCUUUGCGGCACUGAUAUGUCAGGGCUCGGAACCAGGAUCGGGAUCCCCAUCUGGGGCAAUGACAGUUGUCAUGCGCGCCGUAGGACCUACGUCGGCACCGGAAUUGGUUGCAAAGAUAGCCUCGGCGAUGACCGCGCAUCAGACGCAGCUUACUGCGGCGAGGGCCCAGCAGGCAGAACGCCAGGCUACCCAGAAUCUACGAAUGGAGCAAGAUUCGGCUUACGAGAGGUCGUUGGCGCAGGAUCGCGAGAGGGCACGCCGCAGACGGGAGGAGGAGGAAGCGGCAAGAAAAGCAGAAAUGGAGGCUCAAGAACAGGCAAGAUUGGCGGAGAAGAGGAAGAGGGAUUUGGAGCAGUGGAAAAGAUGGCGUGCUCAGUCGCUUCCGGGAGAACCGGACACGGAGCUCAAGGACGCCAUUCGAGUGAGCGUUCGCUUGCCAUCUGGGGAACGAGUAAUUCGAAGAUUUCGAGCGGACGCCGACAUGGAAGAGCUGUAUGCCUUUGUGGAAUGCUACGAGAUGGUCAAAUCCCGAGAUUCAGAGAAGCAAGGCGAGGAAGAUGAGGACGAUUAUGAUGUGGAGGAGCCAGAGGGGUAUGAGCAUGAAUACAAGUUCCGACUUGUCUCGCCUAUGCCCAGAACAGUGUUUGAUUUGGAAAAGGGAGGUUCGAUAGGCACAAGGGUCGGCAAAGGCGCGAACCUGAUUGUGGAACCUAUUGAGGAGGACGAGGAAGAUGAAAAUGAGGACGAAGAUUGAGGCAUUAUGGGUGCUGUGUUUGCACCAUUGAAAUAGACUUGGCUGGCCCUAGAAGGUUUGGUGGACAAGCGGACGCCCACUGCAGCCUUUAUAGAAGCGCCAGAUCUUCGAGUAUGUAGCAUUUGGUGAGUAUUAGCAGGAGGCGGCCAGGAUUUUAUUUUCUCUGAUAAUAAGCGAGGCCUUUGUCCAUUCUGGUGAUGGGAUUGAAAGUCCUGAUCGGAAAGAUUCUUUACUCUCUUGCAAGUUUGUUAUGUUCAAC